GGCGGGUGGCAGGAGCGGCUGUCUCCAAACUUAAUUACUUCAACGGAGGCGCGCUUUGCGGUUUGGCGGCGGCGCAUGAUGCGGCCAUGUACCGGGUCAUGCAGUUUAAACGUUGACUUUGGUGAACAGACAAAAGCGGCUCUGGAUCCUGAUCUGCCCUGCUGCAUGUUGGAGUUGCUGGUAGCUGCAUAUGCAUGACGGCCGCAUGUAUUCCCACGCAAACAAAACAACAAUGGCUCUAUCAAAUGUCGAGUCCCACGGCCUGCCGACUCCGCCAUCGCCAACUCUGACGAACCCGGACAUGGUGCUGCCGAGCACGUUUGUGCUGGACGUCGACGAAGCGCAAGAACCAGGCGGUCCGCCGUCGCCUUCGUAUCUUCUGGCCCAGUCGAGCAAGAAGCUGCGGAACAAGAGAAAGUCACGGCCAGAUCUUCGCGCGCCGUCGCGUUCGCCAAACAACGCAUUCGCCUCAUCGCCGACUCUCAAUGCAGAGAGCCCAGGAUGGGAUGACCGCAGACACAGCUAUGCCGCCAGCAGCAUCCUCACCGACGACCUGGAGAACAUGCAGAUCCCCAGGUUCGAGUCCAGCCUGGACUCGGAUACCGAAACACUGGACGAGGACGACUUUGACAUCGACACACCCAGCGACAUGUCCUACGGCGACGUCCUGAAGGCCGAGCAGUCCAACGUCACUCUUAUGCGAGCCGAACUCAUUCUCGCCAACGCAAAGAAGCGUCUCAAUGUCAUGGACCAGAACCUACGAGGAGCCCGCGAAAUCGUCACGCCCUUGACUGCUGCAAAUCUCAAGCGCGCCACCUCCCUCACCACCGCUCCCGUACGCAACACGUCCUUCUCCCGCCCUCGCUACCUGCCACAGAAUCACCAAUCACCAAACACGCAGCAUAUGCGUGUGCUCAGCGAGUCAAACGUCCAAUCCGACGACCGUCGUUACAUGUCCCUCAACAUCAACUCAUCUCCGUCAUGGACAGCGAAUCCAGUCCGCACCACACGCAGCUCCGAAUUGCUACGCUAUCCUCGCAGCCCGCUCAGCCCAGACCCUCAACUCGACACUGUGUCUGAGGAGCAGAGUGUGCGCAGUCAGACGUCGGCACACAAUUUGCGUGAACAGAUGAUGCAGCUAAGAGGUAGAAUAUCCACACUGAAAGAGAGGGCCCAAGAGGAGAAGAUGAGGAGGAGAAGCACAAACAACUUGCGCCAAAACUGUCCUCUGAAUGACGCCGACUCUUCUCCUGGAGCGAAGGGCUCACCCCGACCAAGACUUGCACGCAUCACAAAAGCAAGCAACGUGCCUGGUGCUUGGGUAUCUGCAGAAACCAUCGACGCCGAUCAAUUUCAAGCAGAGGAGAGAGGGCACAACGACGACGUGGACGACGUGGACGACGACGACGAUACCUACACUCUCCCACUCUCUGGCUCAGGCCGCACAGACCGCACCUCUACACCCACCACGGCAACCACGGACCACUCCAACCCACGCAGCGUCUACGAGGAUGCGCCCGAGUCUUCUCCGCUGGUGUCUGGCCCACGCCAUGAAGACCGCCAUGAUGCCUUUGACUACUCCAGAUUCUUCUUGCACUCUGCAACCGGCACUUUCGAGCCCAACACCCCCACCCGUCACACCCGCAGCACUUCCCUCAGCUCCUCCGACUCUUGUUUGACCGCCCGCGCAUACCCCGUCAACUCCACCCUUCCCACCACCGGAGCCGAACAAGACGAUGAAGACCUGCAAGCACCGCCAACCCCAGAAACUCCAGAGGCCCUUCGCCACAUCGAAGACGUCAAGAUGCCUUCCCGCAUACAGCAUCGUCGCGGUCUGUCGGCCGAAUCUCUAGCCACCAUCGCCACCUUUGAGACGGCUGAAGAAGGCCACCAAAUCUCAAUCGCUCAAUGGCUCUCCCGUUCAACUUCCGCUUCGUCUAUCCACAAUCCAAGCGACCUGUCAAAGCCGCCUAGCCGAACUCACCCCUCCACCCAAGGUGGUCUCCCAAGCCCUGCCAUGCCGCCCACCUACACCCCUGCAUCUGCUCAACAAGGCCAACAGUACAUCUCCAUCUCUCCUUCGGCCACCACCAUUGCUGUUUCUGCUCUGCUUGACCCGGCCAAGGGACAAGGCUUGGGAAGUAAAGACGAAGCUCUCGUAUACACUCUAGUCGAAGGCUUGCGAGACGUCGUUGGAGAGUUGCAGCUAGGUGCAGGAGGUGAAGAAAGACGACGUUGGUUAAGAAGACGCCUCGACGAGGCGAGGAGGGUCCUAGAGGGUGAGGACCUCGAGAGGUGAAGCGUGAGUUGUGCUGCAUUGUCUCGCUUCCGGCUCCAUCGUUUUUCAUUCUCAUUUGCUCGUUGCCUAUUUCCCGUUUCUCUUUUUU